AUGUAUGGUGAAGCUCCGCAAGCUAUAAUUACCGAUCAAGAUAGAGCCAUGCAAAAUGCAAUUGAGAUUGUCUUCCCGCGGACGAAGCAUAGAUGGUGUUUGUGGCAUAUUUUGAAGAAACUCCCGGAGAAGUUUGGAUACCACGUGGAUAAGGGCUUGGUAUUUGGGGCUAUACAUGAUUUAGUGUAUGAUUCACAGUCAGAACAUGAAUUUGAAGAAGGUUGGAUGGCGAUGAUUGACACCUAUAGUUUGCAGCAAAAUAAUUGGUUGUUAGGAUUAUAUGAGAAUAGAGGGCGUUGGGUGCCUUGUUUUUUGAAAAAAACUUUUUGGGCAGGAAUGUCAACAACACAAAGAAGCGAGAGUAUGAAUGCAUUCUUUGAUGGAUAUGUGCAUUCGAAGACAUCGUUGAAGCAAUUCGUCGAACAGCACGAACGUGCUCUCAGGAAUAAGGUCGAGAAGGAAUUCCUAGCUGAUUUCAAGUCGUUCUCUCAAAUGAUACCGUGUGCAACACAGUUCGAAAUGGAAGAACAGUUUCGGUCAGUUUACACCAUGUCGAAAUUUCGGGAAGUUCAAGAAGAGUUCAUGGGUAAGGUGUACUGUAACGUCAUAUCUACGUCGGAAGGAUCUUCUGAGACAACGUAUAAUGUACGAGAGACUAUUAUGUAUGAUGGUCGUCGCAAGAGAAAAAAUUGUGUCGUCUCAUUUGUGAGAAAUAAUUGCGAAGUUGUUUGUAACUGCCACUUGUUUGAGUUUAGGGGAAUACUCUGUAGGCAUGCAAUAGCGGUUCUGGACUGGAACGACAUCACAUGUAUUCCGGAUCGGUAUAUUUUACGGAGAUGGAGGAGGGACGUUCGUAGAGCGCACACGAGAGUUCCAGUAAACUAUGAAGGGUUAGAGACUACUCCUGCACAAUUAAGAUACGAAGAGAUGUCGAAGGGAUUUGCACAGGUGGCAGACCUUGCUGCAGAUGACGAAAUGCGGUCACGUGCGAUAAUGGAGUGGAUAAAAUCUCAAUGUGAAGAUAUGAUGACUACAAGAUCUGGUGGUGGUAGUAAUCCCAUACCGUCGCGUACCACGCAGGUGUCGAAUGAUUGUGCGGUCGUGUCAAAGUUAGCGAGCGGAAGCAUACGGGACCCACAAGUAACUCGACGAAAGGGUGCGCCCAGGAAGCUUAGAAAAAGAAGCCCAUUGGAAACAGUAUCUAAGAAAGAAAAGUCUAGUGGGACAUCAUCCACUACUAUGCGACCAAGAAAUAGCAAUACGAAUGUGGUGGAUGACGCAAUGAACUUUCAGUUGCCUCGACAAUAUUCCAUACCGACCCCGACGUCGUACUUGUCCAAUGACAUGAUGACAGCCAGUAGCUGCACUCCAGUCCAUUCUCGCUUACAAAACGGGCUGGACGGAGAGAGCAUAAGGGACAGAGCUGGAGACUUCAACAUUGACGCCUGCCUCAACUUGAUUAAGCUCACUUUUGAAAAAUGA